AUGGAUCAAAACCAGUCCCGUCAUGCACAAUAUCUCCCGACUUCUCCACCGGCUGUGAUAACUACAUUGUACACCAGGUUUUUCUGGUUGGAACCGUGUAUUCUUGCGGUAUCAGCGCUGGUCUGGAUGGAUCAAAACCAGUCCCGUCAUGCACAAUAUCUCCCGACUUCUCCACCGGCUGUGAUAACUACAUUGUACACCAGGUUUUUCUGGUUGGAACCGUGUAUUCUUGCGGUAUCAGCGCUGGUCUGGAUGGAUCAAAACCAGUCCCGUCAUGCACAAUAUCUCCCGACUUCUCCACCGGCUGUGAUAACUACAUUGUAUACCAGGUUUCUCUGGUUGGAACCGUCUAUUCUUGCGGUAUCAUCGCUGGUCUGGAUGGAUCAAAACCAGUCCCGUCAUGCACAAUAUCUCCCGACUUCUCCACCGGCUGUGAUAACUACAUUGUAUACCAGGUUUCUCUGGUUGGAACCGUCUAUUCUUGCGGUAUCAUCGCUGGUCUGGAUGGAUCAAAACCAGUCCCGUCAUGCACAAUAUCUCCCGACUUCUCCACCGGCUGUGAUAACUCAUUGUAUACCAGGUGAGCGACAAGUACGACGUCGACCUUCGAGGUCUUAA